CGACUUGCUUUCCUUCUGUUGACAGUUGUAUAAUUUUGUUUUUUCGUUUUAUUUCAUCAAUAAAUAUCACAAUCGUUUCAAUAAUUGUGAAAUAAAUAUAAAUAAUUUGAAUAAGUUGCAUAUUUUAAAACUAAAAAAUGAAUCCUCCAAUGAAUUCCGUAAAUCCGCCAGAUCAAAGGCCCCAACAUCCAUUGGCCAAUUAUCAAUUUACAUCGGAUGAGCUGCGAGUAUUUCGCGAAUGCAAUACGGAAUCAUUCUUUCAACGCUCCCUUCCUUUGGGUACAACAUUUGGUGUUGCUGCAUUUUUGGGUGUCAAACAAGGUUUUCUUGCCCCCAACAUACGCUAUGGACCUGUACCUAAAGUAAUUUUGGGUGUCAUCGUUGGCUAUUUUCUGGGCAAAUUUAGUUAUCAACAGAAAUGUGCCGAAAAGAUUAUGGCCUUGCCCAAUUCUAGGUUGGCAGAAAUUCUAAGGCAACGCCAAAGUCAACGCGGUGGUUCGGGUUUCUUAAAUCCUGAUCAGAGUAUUGGCAUGGGCAUGACAUUGGGCCAAUUUAGCCCCAACAGCAGUGAUGUUUACAGUGAUGAACAUUUGCAUCCUGAUGCCAGGGGCAAUGCUCUUAAUUUGGACACUGAAUCAAGGCCACAGUUUGCCGGGCUUGAUGAUAUCUAUCGGCCAAGUUUGGAUACUCCUUCCACCACCCAUGUGGACCCGGAUAUCCCAUUGGAGCCCGUUAAGCCUGGUAUGACCUAUGAUGAACUACGUAAACGUAAUCGAGAGGACUUCAUGAAGAAACAACAAAAUCCCUAUUCUCAACCAUUGCCACCAGAGGCCCCAGUUGUUAUGCGAGCAACACCCCAAAGACCCCCAACCGCAGCUGAUGACAGAAACACAAGAAAUAUGCAAACCAAUAAAUAUGGAGAUGCCUGGUCGGAAUAGAUUCACCAGGGAGACAAACAAAAUUUCUUAAAUUUUCUGCGAAAUGAAAAAAGUGCUUUAAAUGUUUUUGUUAUGCUUUUAUUUAAAUAACAAGUAUAAAAGUAUUAAAAAAGAGAAACUUUGAAAACAGAAUUACAGAAGCCCGGCUUCUCAAAAUAAA